UUGGAUUAUAUAGGGAAGGGCAGUCCAGCCCCUGUGCUGGACUAGUUCAGGGUAGGGUAGGGAUGCAAGCCAUACCCUGUAACAGGUAGAGACUGAGGGAUGCAGGGAGAACUUGGCAGUCAGUGUCUGCUUUAGUACCUUAAAUAGGCACCUCAGCCUUUGUAGUGGAUUUGAGAUAUAAUAACCUGUACCCAGGAGGAAGAAGAAAUGCCUACUUAUUGCAUGAAUAGUGGUGCAGGGACGACUUUCCAGUUCCAGGUGCAAGUUCUGCUGUCAUACCAAUCUCUGCAGACCUGGGACAGUUCUGUACUUGGAGUGGUCAUCAUAGCUGGGAACCACUGUGCUGCGUCCCUUCAAAACACCGUCGCUAAGGGGGGUGGUGGUGGUGGUGCACCUGUCACUUAGGACGCACUAGCCAAUCAGGGCUUCCAGUUUGGCCGCUAGUCAGAAUAAGGGAGGGCAUUUCCGGUCCAUCAUGCUGCAUGCUCGCCGGCUCCAAGACUGAGGGAGGCUCUGUGGUUCCGAGUGCUGCGCUGUGACCCGCUGCCGGGAUCUGUGAGGAGAGCUGGGCAGUUCGGAAUCCGCCAUGGAUGCAGUGACCUAUGAAGAUGUGCAUGUAAACUUCACUCAUGAAGAAUGGGCUUUGCUGGAUCCUUCUCAGAAAAGUCUCUACAAAGAUGUGAUGCUGGACACCUACUGGAACCUCACUUCUAUAGGCUACAAAUGGGAAGACCACAAUAUUGAAGAACAUAGUCAAAGUUCUAGAAGACAUGGAAGGUAAUUUUCACGUGUAUAUCAUCUGUCACCCUGGAUACAAGCCAUGUGAACAUAAGGGAUAUGGAAAGAAACAUUGUAGUUCUGUCUCUCCCAGAACAUUUAGAAGAUAUGUGGUAGUCCCCACUAUG